AUGGAGAAGGAUUUGUGGCACAGGGCCGGCGGCGCUUGGGGACCUCCCAAGUUCGUGGGAAACUCUGGGGAACUCCUGGCCGUCCGUGAGCACUUCUCUUUCCCUUACUUGCAAAGCAUGGAUAAGAGGGUUCAGAGGAGCGCCAGUGAACAGAUAACACUGGUUGUCUGCGACGCGAUAACCAAUGUCGAGCGGGCGCGAUUAUACUUCUGUCCCAUCUGCAGGUCGAAAGGAGUGCAGUGUCAUACGACCAAUGAGACCAAGGCAAGUGAGCAAGUGAAACAGAAGCCCAAGGAAUCCAGUCGUGAGAUUGUACGAGGUAAACAGCUGGCGUUGUCGGCUGGCGUGCUGACUGUUUGA